CUCAGUGAUGUUUCUGAUGAUGUGUGUGAUGAUGAAUGAUGAUGUCACUGAGGCUCCUCCCUCUUCAGUCUCUUAUGGCUCGUCUCGGAUCGCUCUGCUCUGUUCAGUCGGCUCACAUCACACACUCACAUCAUGCUGUCAGUCUUCAUCAUCCUCUUCAUCACUCUGCCAUGUGUCAGUGGAGUGAUUGUAGUGACUCAGAGUCCAUUAAUCACAGUCAAUAAAGGACAAACGGCUACAAUGGACUGUAAUCUGGAGACAGUAACUAAUGAUGCUGCUAGAUGGUACAAACAGACUCCAGGAGGAGUUCCUCAGUUUAUGUUAAUAUUUCGUCAUAGCUGGAGCUCAGUUAAAUACGGAUCUGGUUUCUCUGCUCCUAAAUUCACAUCAACACAUUCAUCUCAAUCAGAUUAUAGUCUGAUCAUCAAUAAUGUGGAUGUUGGUGAUUCUGCAGUGUAUUACUGUAACACAUGGGACAACACUGCUAAAGAAUACGUAUUCGGCCAAGGAACAAAACUGAAUGUGAUCGACUUUCCUCUGGCUCCUCCUGUUGUGACACUCUUGUCUCCGUCCACUGAGGCUCUGAAGGAGAGUAAAGCUACACUUGUGUGUCUGGCUGAGGAUAUUUCUGUAUCUCUGGUUCAUGUCAGCUGGACAGUCGAUGGACGCUCUGUUACAGAUGGAGUUUGGAGCAGUACUACUGAGAAACAACAAGACAAAACCUUCAGAAUGAGCAGCUAUCUGACCAUCGACUCCUCUGACUGGAUCAAUAAUGUGGAUUUCUCAUGUCAAGUGUCCGUGGGUUCAAAAUUCACUAAGAAAAGUAUCUCAAAUUCACAGUGUUACUGAAACAUUGUCUGAAUGAAAAUAGCAGAUGUUUUUUUUGCUUUAUUUCUUCUCAUAUCAUCUGAAUUGUGUGAUAUCUGACAGUUAAUAUGACUAUAUACUUUACUCUUUGGUUUUAAUUCUGCAAUUAAAAAUCUUUGGCACUGCA